AUGCACCCCACCAUUACAAGCUUCAUUGUCAAGGAGCUCCUUGCUGACCUCUGUGCUGUCUCGACUAGACUUCUACACAGUACACCACCUCAAUCUUGCUCCGCCGCUUCGCGCGCGCGAUACGCUGAAACCAUGUCUGAUCGCGACGUUCUCCCGGACAAUGUCAAACCCAACCACUAUGCUCUGUCAAUCAAAGACAUCGAGUUCAAGAACUGGACGUACCAGGGCACUACAGCGACCCCCGUUUCUUCGAUUCUGACUUGCUCCAGCAUCGAGUCUGAGAUCACCAAGCCCACUACCCAGAUCGUUGUCAACACUCUCGAGCUCAAGCUGUUUCGUGCCAAGGUUUCGGUCGACCACACAAAAUCCACCCAAGGCCGAGAGUCUACAAGCUUCUCCAAUGAUGAGAAGGCCCAGCGCACUACCAUCACCUUUGACCAGGAGAUCCCUGUCUCCGGCAAAGCCACCAUUGUCAUUGAGUUCCAGGGCACCAUCAAUAACAACAUGGCUGGCUUCUACCGCUCCAAGUACAAGCCAGUAGCUGGCACUACACCUGCCGCCUCCGUUCCCUUCGACGACGAGUGGCACUACAUGUUCAGCACCCAAUUUGAGUCCUGCGACGCUCGCAGAGCCUUUCCCUGCUUUGACGAGCCCAAUCUUAAGGCGACCUACGACCUCGAGAUUGAGGUUCCAGUCGACCAGGUUGCUCUCAGCAACAUGCCCGUCAAGGAGACUAAACCUUCCCGCGACGGCUGGCAGGUUGUCUCCUUUGAGACUUCUCCCCGUAUGAGCUCCUACCUGCUUGCCUGGGCCGUUGGCGACUUUGAGUAUGUCGAAGCCUUCACCGACCGCCGCUACAACGGCAAGCAGCUCCCCGUCCGUGUCUACACGACCCGCGGUCUCAAGGAGCAGGGCCGCUGGGCUCUCGAGCACGCCCCUCAGACCAUCGACUUCUUCUCGGAGAUUUUCGACAUUGACUACCCCCUACCGAAGUCUGACCUCCUCGCCGUCCACGAGUUCACUCACGGUGCUAUGGAAAACUGGGGUCUCGUCACCUACAGAACAACUCGCGUUCUUUACGAUGAAAAGACCUCAUCGCCCCGCCUGAAGAAUGACAUUGCUUACGUUGUUGCCCACGAACUGGCUCACCAGUGGUUUGGCAACCUUGUUACUAUGGACUGGUGGGAUGAGCUCUGGCUCAACGAAGGGUUCGCUACUUGGGUUGGCUGGUAUGCCGUCGACCACAUCCACCCUGACUGGGAGGUUUGGGCCCAGUUCGUCAACGAAGGCAUGGAAACAGCCUUCAAGCUUGACGGUCUUCGCGCCAGUCACCCCAUCCACGUUCCCGUCCGUGACGCCCUCGACGUCAACCAGAUUUUCGACAGCAUCAGCUACCUCAAGGGAUGCUCUAGCAUUCGCAUGCUUGCCAACCACCUCGGCGUCGAGACUUUCCUCAAGGGUGUUUCCAGCUACCUCAAGGCCAAUGCCUACAAGAAUGCCAAGACCUCUGACCUCUGGGCUCACCUCAGUGAGGCUUCUGGCAAGAAGGUCGAUCAGCUCAUGGGCCCUUGGAUCGGCAAGAUUGGCCACCCCGUCAUUACCGUUUCCGAGCAGCCGGGUCAGCUUUCUGUCAAGCAAGCUCGCUUCCUUUCAAGCGGUGAUGUCAAGCCCGAGGACGACACCACCACUUGGUGGGUGCCUCUUGGCCUUGAGGGCAAGAAGGGCGAGGCUGGCAUCUCCUCCGUUGAGCUGAACGCCAAGGAAGAGACCAUCAAGGAUGUCAACGAUGACUUUUACAAGUUCAACACUGGGGCCACAGGCUUCUUCCGCGUCAACUACCCCGAAUCUCGUCUAGUUAAGCUCGGUACCCAGCUCGACCGCCUUGCACCCGUGGACAAGAUGGCCAUUAUCGGAUCCACUGCUGAACUGGCAUUUGCCGGUAACUCUAGCACUGCCAGCCUUCUUACCUUCCUCGGUGCCUUUGCCAACGAGACCCACCCUCUGGUCUGGAGCCAGGUGCUUGAUGCCAUCUCUGGCGUCAAGAGUGUCUUUAACCAGGACGAGACUAUUCGCUCUGGCCUCAACAAGUUCACUAUUAAGCUGAUUGAGAACCGUAUCAAGGCACUUGGCUUCGAUCCCGCCGAUAAUGAAUCCUAUCUCACCAUCCAGUCGCGAACCCACAUUCUGACGAGCGCUGUGUCAAGCUGUCAUCCCGAGACACUUGCCGAAGCUCUGAAACGAUUCAACGCUUGGGCUGAGAAUCCCGAGGCCAGCACUCUCCACCCCUCGCUACUCUCUCCUGUUCUUCAGGCGGGUAUUGUUGCUGAUACCGCCCGCGCCGUUGACUUCUUGAAGAAGGAGUGGUUCAACACCAAGUCUGUUGAUGGCAAGCUUGUCAUAUCUCGGGUUCUCGGGUUUGUUCCCGACGGUGAAAUCAUCAAGAAGGAGAUUAUCCCCUUCAACUUCAACUCCUCACCUCGCGACAACAACACGGCUGAUAUGCACUUCCUGGGUGCCAAUCUUGCCAGCAACCCGCUGGGCCGCCACUCUCAGUGGCAGUACAUGAAGGAGAAUUGGGCCACCUGUCUGGAGAAGCUCUCUAACCCUAUCGUCUUGGACCGCUUCAUCCGCUCUACGCUAAGCAGUUUUACUGAAGACACUGACGUUGCCGAUAUUACCGCCUUUUUCCAGGACAAGGAUGUCAGCAGCUAUAACCGCACUCUGGAGACGGCCAAGGACAAGUCAAGCGCCAGAGCUGCGUACAAGAAGCGCGAUGCUGCCGCCAUUAAAGAAUGGCUCACUGCGAACGGAUACUGA